GGUUGGUGCGGACGCUGGCGUUGACGCUGCGGGAGGGCGACUGUGGCCUAGGCGGUGGCCUUGGCCUCAGGGUGGUGCGGAUGAAGUCGACCAGGGGCUGCUAGUGGCUCCGCAGCGAGGCCUGGGAGAGCCCGGAAAGCCCGCCGCUGCCUCCAGGGCCACAGCACAAGCCAGCUUGAGCAGGGAGAAACAACGGCUUUGAACCUGGACCUGCGAGCUGUUAUUUCAGCUACACUGAAGUUCUGUGAUCCCAGAAGGCACAUUUAGGAAAACGGUUCCGCCUCGCACCCACUUGCUAGGAUAUGUCAGAGAUGGAGUUUAGUGACUGCUUCAGUCUGGCCCGUCCUCACCACCCUCGCCCAGGAGACUUGAUUGAAGUGUUCCGCCCUGGCUAUCAGCACUGGGCACUGUACUUGGGUGAUGGUUAUGUUAUCAACAUUGCACCGAUUGAUGGCAUUCCUUCAGCCUUUACAAGCGCCAAGUCCGUGUUCAGCACCAAGGCCUUAGUGAAAAUGCAGCUUCUGAAGGACGUUGUGGGAAACGACACCUACAGAAUAAAUAACAAGUACGAUACAACUCAUCAACCUCUCCCCGUGGAGGAAGUGAUGCAGCGCUCCGAGUUUGCCAUUGGGCAGGAGGUGGCCUAUGACUUACUGGUCAACAACUGUGAGCAUUUUGUGACCUUGCUCCGCUAUGGAGAAGGAGUGUCAGAACAGGCCAACCGAGCAAUAAGCACCAUUGGGUUGGUGGCGGCUGCUAUUGAUAUCUUCGCGUUCCUCGGCUUGUUUCCAAAGAAACAAAGAACAAAAUAUUAGCAAUUUACUGAAGAGAUUGGAAUUGAAGGAAUCUGUGAGGAGAAAGAAAUUCUGGGGCGAAUACUUAUUUUGAACGCAUCAUAAUUUCUCCCGGUCCCCAUGAUAGAUGGCAGACUCUGUAAUAAAUUGCUUGCUGAUUUUAAUCUUA